AAAAGGGCGCUGCGUUCAGGCUCGCUGGUAACUUCCCGCUCCCUCCCCUCCCUCCCGUACACACCACACAUACUUGUAUUUUGCGCUGUCGUAAAACCCACGUGUCCAGCCCGGAGUCUGCCAGAGCCGAGCAAAGAGCCCGGGCGCGACCGCGAUGCGCAGCCACGGCAGAGGGAGCCCGGCGGCUGGGAGCUAGCCGGCCCGCCCGUCCCCGGCACCUGGAAGAGGAUCGCCCCGCUUCCCCGUGGACAAAGACCAAAGAGAAGCUUCUCCUCUCAACCCUCCUCCGGCUCGAAGGCUCCCAGGGCUGCCUACACCUCCGCACGCCGACCGCGCGGCAGCCGCUCCGGCGCACCCCGCUCAGGCAGCGCGAUGCUGAAGCCCGGCGACCCCGGCGGAUCCGCGUUCCUGAAGGUGGAUCCCGCCUAUCUGCAGCACUGGCAGCAGCUUUUCCCGCAAAGCAGCCAGCUCAAGAGCAGCGGGGCCCUCGCCCAGCUCCAGCCGCCCGAGAGAGCCGAGCCUCCGGCUGACAGCCUCCGCCAGCGCCCGGCCUCCCUCUCCUCCGCCUCCUCCUCCUCUUCCUCGUCCACUCCGUCUUCCUCCUCCACCUCCUCCUGCGUCGCCGCGGCGGCCGCUUCCCUGGCCGGCCUGACCUCCCUGCCCGUGACCCAGCUCCCGGUCUUCGGGCCGCUGCAGAGCUCCGAGCCCCCGGCCGGGGGAGCGCCCGCUCCCCUGCAGGGCAAGGACUUGUGCGGGGCCGGCGGCGGCGGCGGCAAAUGCGGGGAGCGCGGCGCCGCUCGGUUCCGGUGCACGGCCGAGGAGCUGGACUACUACCUGUACGGGCAGCAGCGCAUGGAGAUCAUCCCCUUGAAUCAGCACACCAGUGACCCCAACAACCGAUGUGACAUGUGUGCUGAUAACCGCAACGGGGAGUGCCCCAUGCACGGGCCCCUCCACUCCCUGCGCCGUCUGGUGGGCACCAGCAGUGCUGCUGCAGCAGCCCCUCCACCUGAGAUCCCAGAGUGGCUCCGGGACCUGCCCCGGGAAGUGUGCCUGUGCACCAGCACAGUGCCUGGCCUGGCCUACGGCAUUUGUGCGGCACAGCGGAUCCAACAGGGCACCUGGAUUGGGCCCUUCCAGGGAGUCCUGCUCUUGCCAGAGAAGGUUCAAGCAGGAGCCAUCAGGAACACUCAGCAUCUCUGGGAAAUAUAUGACCAAGAUGGGACACUGCAGCACUUUAUUGAUGGUGGAGAACCCAGUAAGUCAAGCUGGAUGAGGUAUAUCCGAUGUGCGAGGCACUGUGGGGAGCAGAAUUUAACAGUGGUUCAGUACAGGUCAAAUAUAUUCUACCGGGCUUGUAUAGAUAUCCCCAGGGGCACCGAGUUGUUGGUGUGGUACAAUGAUAGCUACACAUCUUUCUUUGGAAUCCCUCUCCAGUGCAUUGCACAAGAUGAAAAUUUGAAUGUCCCUUCGACUGUAAUGGAGGCCAUGUCCAGACAAGACACCCUACAGCCAUUUAAUAAAAGUAGCAAACUAUCCCCUGCCACUCCACAGCGAUCCAUAGUAUUUCCACAGACUCCGUGUAGCAGAAAUUUUUCUCUCCUGGAUAAGUCUGGGUCCAUCGAGUCAGGAUUUAACCAGAUCAGUGUCAAAAACCAACGAGUUCUUGCAAGCCCAACUUCAACAAGCCAACUAAAUUCUGAGUUCAGUGACUGGCAUCUUUGGAAAUGUGGGCAAUGCUUUAAGACUUUCACCCAGCGGAUCCUCUUACAGAUGCAUGUGUGUACGCAGAACCCUGACAGGCCCUACCAGUGUGGUCACUGCUCUCAGUCUUUCUCCCAACCUUCGGAGCUGCGGAACCAUGUAGUUACACACUCCAGCGACAGGCCUUUCAAGUGCGGCUACUGCGGUCGUGCCUUUGCUGGUGCCACAACGCUCAACAAUCACAUCCGGACACACACCGGGGAAAAGCCCUUCAAGUGCGAGAGGUGUGAAAGGAGCUUCACACAAGCCACCCAGCUGAGUCGACACCAGAGGAUGCCCAAUGAGUGCAAGCCAAUAACAGAGAGCACAGAAUCAAUUGAAGUGGAUUAACUGAUUGACUGGUUGGAAUUAAACUGCAAGGAAAGUCAUGAUUAAAUGUCACGGACACUUAAGCAAAACCAAAGAUUUCCUCUGAGCAACUUUCAAUCAGUCCCAGAAAACCAAAAGCAGUAAUAAAAUAAGUAAGAUGUUAAGAGAUAUUGAUCCUGGCGUGGAAGUGAGACCAGGAAAGAGAUUAUUUAUUUAUGACUAGGGAUGAGUCUUAUUUCAAUUGACAAGUUACUUGGGACUGUUAACAUUUCAAGUCCCGCCAUGUAUUGCUUUAAUUCUAAAAGCCUUUAUAAUAGUUAUUUAAUGCCAAAGUGAGGAAUCUCAAGGGUUCUUCUGCCCAUAGUUAUGACUGAGAAUGCACAUGGACUUGUUUAUUGUUGCACCUUUUUUUGUAGCAUGACUCAAAGAACCCAGAUGUAAUCCGUACAUUUGGUUGGGCUGGGCUAAGUUGAUCUUGACAUGGCUGUAAUAGAAAUUGCUGUGUGGGAUGGGAAGUGAUCAAGAGCUAUAUCUGGGUCAGUGUCAGCCUCCUCAGACCAAAGGGCAUUUCAUUUCCAUAGUCUCAUGCCUCACACUGUGUGCACUUUUUCAUGCAAGUAGUUUCAUUCAACAGAAUUGUGUUGGCAUAGGUAUUCUGGAAAAAAAAAAGAAAAAAAAAAGGGAAAAAAAAGUAAUGUUGUAUAUCUGCAAAUAUACAUUAUAUAAAGAAGCCAGUAGGAAAACUAUGUUAAACAUUAGUUUAGAGCUCUCAAAUUCAGUCUAAUAGCUAUGAAAGACAGAGGCAGUAGAAAGUAUUUUAAACUUUUAAGAUUUUAGUCUACGUGUAAAUCAUAUUAUGAGGAGCAAAAAACCAAGAUAAUGUUUUUUAGUUUGGGUGAUUGAUUUAAUGGCUUGCUGAUUUCUAGGAAAACUGAUCAGAAAUCCAAGCUGUAGUCCAUUGAUAUUUUUACUCUCUUGGUUUGGAUCAAAUUGAAAAUGCUCCUGUAUUAGAUAAAACUUUCAACAUACUUGGGCUGAGCUUCAAAACAAAAGCUAAAUCUGAGCUCAGAUACUUUGUAAAUGGCUUGGAGGCUUCACAGUGUUCACUUCAUGGAAAUUUGCCUGGUACAGUCAUGAAUGAAAGGAAGCCAAAAUAUUCCCAACAUCAAUGUAAAAAGGUCAGAUGUCAUUACAUUAGUUCAAUUUAACAAUUUCCAUAUUGGCUUUUUUCAAGCUUUUAUCCUUGAUGUAUUUCAGAUUUCAUGAUUUUGUCUAAUCAAGGAAUGGGUUUCACUUUUAGAGACCAGCAGUGUCUGUUUAUAUAUUGAUUGUCUCAGUGCUAGAGCUGUAGUUUGAUAAAAAUGUAAA